AUGUAGGUUGAAUCUUAAGUUGUCUACAAAUUUAUACUCCUGGAAUACCCUUCUGUAGGAAAAACUGCUUUUAAUAUUAAUUCAUUUAAUGAACAAUAUCAGCCAACAAUUGGAGUAGAUUUCCAUUCAAUAAAAUUUGAUUCGAACAGUAAAGCCUUAAAUUUGUAGGAAAAUAUUUAAUCUAAAAUGUGAUUUGAUAUACAACAGGAGAGUAAAGAUUUAUAAGCUUAACCUCAAUUAGUAUUAAAGGAGUUGUCAUUAUUGGUGAUGUUACGAAUAGGUAAUCCUUUAAUGAUUUAUCUAAAUGGCAAGAAAGUAUCCCGCUCUGUAUUAUUAUUAUAGAAGUUAAAAAUAAUACCAAUUCAUAUGUGCCUAAAUUGUUGAUUGGGAUUAAAUCUGAUUUGCUGGUAAAGAGAAGUAAUUUUUAAAGAAGGAUAGCAAUUGGCCAAUACUUCAGGUAUGUUGUUUAUAGGUACAUUAUUAAAAAUCACAUAAAAAUCUGCAAAGGAAGGAAUUAACAUUGAUCAAGCUAUGAAGAAUUUUUUAAAUGAAGCCUUAGCUUAAAAUGAAAAAUAUAAAAAAGAAGACCAUUCUAAAAACCAAUGA